GCGAUCUACUGAUCAUGAAAUCAUGAUAUUCCAAAUCACCAACCCUCAGAUCUAAACCCGUCUAUUAUCGGUAGGCGGCUUUCAAGCUCAACUGGACGGAAUUCAUUUCUCCACUUUUUUUUUUUCCUUUCACAUUAUCAAAAUUAACAAAGAGUCGAAAUGCUUCACCUGCUCGGAGUCAACUUGCCGGACCAGAAGGUGGUCUCGAUUGCGCUCACAUACUUUUACGGGAUCGGACCGGUAACGGCGCAGAAGAUCUGCUCCAAGCUCUCGAUCCACAAGCAGUGCAAGCUCAGCGAGCUGACAGAAGGGCAGUUGAACCAGCUGUCGGGCGUGCUGUCGAACAUGACGCUGGAGAACGACCUGGAGCGGCAGGUGAAGGCGAACGUGCAGCAUCUGCGUGCGAUUGGAACGUAUGUCGGUAAGCGGCAUGCGAUGAUGCUGCCGGUGCACGGCCAGCGGACGCGGAACAACUCGAAGACGGCCAAGAAAAUCAACGGCAGGAUGCUGCGCAAGUACUCGACCGCAGACACCGCAUUUGCGAGGCAGGCGUUUGGCAUGUUCCAAGCACCGCUGUCGAAGCACAUGGAGUAGGCGUCAGGAUCUAGAGAUUAAUUAAAAGACUGCACGGAAGCAGGAACCCGAGGAUAUCGUACACAGACGCAAACGAUGGUGAAUUUUUUUCUUGUCUUUGAAUACAAAAAUACGGAAUUUACUACUCGCGUAGUCGGCAAUAUUUAUUCUUGAUACUGUAAGCCAUGGUCGAAGUCACCGCCGAAGCAGCCAGCCGCGCAAAUGAGCUGAAGCUGGAAGCGAAUGCGCUCUAUGCAGGCAAGUGCAGCGAAACAAA